AAAACGCAGGCGCAACCGCCAAGCCUCUUGUCACUGGCUCCGCGCCCCGCCCCGCGUUUCGUGGAGGUUUGGGGAACUGUGUUCUCGAGACACCGGUCCGACUUUCUUCCUUCCGUCCUCCCCUGCUUUCUCCCCAGCGAUGGCAUCCGGGUUGGUGAGGUUGCUGCAGCUGGGGCCUCGCUGCCUCUUAUCUCCGGCCACUCUCACGCUUGUUCCGCCGGUUCGGGGAGUGAAAAAGGGAUUCCGAGCUGCUUACCGCUUCCAGAAGGAACUGGAGCGCUGGCGCCUGCUCCGCUGCCCGCCGCCGCCCGUGCGCCGUUCAGAGAAACCCAACUGGGAUUACCAUGCUGAGAUACAAGCUUUUGGACACCGGUUACAAGAAACCUUUUCCUUAGAUCUUCUCAAAACUGCAUUUGUUAACAACUGCUAUAUUAAAAGUGAAGAGGCAAAACGUCAGAUGCUCGGCAUAGAGAAAGAAGCUGUUCUUCUGAAUCUUAAAGACAAUCAAGAACUAUCUGAACAGGGGAUUUCUUUUUCUCAAACAUGCCUCACACAAUUUCUUGAAGACGAGUACCCAGACUUGCCUAGUGAGGGCAUCACAAACCUGGUUAACUUUCUUACUGGUGAGGAAGUUGUGUGUCAUGUGGCUAGAAACUUGGCUGUGGAUCAGUUGACACUGAGUGCAGAAUUCCCAGUCCCCCCACCUGUGUUGCAGCGGACUUUCUUUGCAGUGAUUGGAGCCUUGCUACAGAGCAGUGGACCUGAAAGGACUGCACUUUUCAUUAGGGACUUCCUAAUUACUCACCUGACUGGAAAAGAGCUAUUUGAGAUGUGGAAGAUAGUAAAUCCCAUGGGGCUGCUGGUGGAAGAAUUGAAGAAGAGAAACAUUCCAGCGCCUGAGUUCAGACUUACCAGGCAGUCUGGGAGCACCACGGCUUUGCCUCUGUAUUUUGUUGGCUUAUACUGUGAUAAAAAGUUGCUUGCAGAAGGGCCUGGGGAGACGGUAUUGGUUGCAGAGGAAGAAGCUGCUCGAGUGGCACUUAGAAAACUGUAUGGGUUCACCGAGAACAGGAGGCCCUGGGACUACUCCAAGCCCAAGGAGAGCCGGAGAGCGAGGACCGUCAGCACCACCAGCACCGCCAGCUGACCCAGGUGGGGAUGCGGCACCCUGACACCAGAGAUGUUCCAAGCCAAACAGUUCCAGAAUUGUAAAUAAAUGUCCUGUUCUUCAUAUUGUGUUUCCAAAAUUAAAUGUUUAUUAUAUCAGGUUUUUGUUUUGUCAAAAUUGGGUUUUUUUUCUUUCAAUUUUCUAAGAAAUUUUUUUCUGAAGUCCUUUUUUUCCCCCUAAUUAUAUUGUGUGUAUGGCUAGGUAUGUUUUUUUUUCCCUUCCAACUGUGAGGUGUUACAGCUCAAGUCAGAGUGGCAAAUGUCUUAGGGGAACUUGGCUAUAAGACCGAUAAAAGUCACCGUUCCUUUCAGGGUCAUUUUGCAGUUUAACUUGUUGUACCCGGGGUGAUAGGAAGUUACCAGCUUUCAUUCUCAUUAUCUUUAGGAUGGUAAUGCUGUGACUUUCUAGAUGUGCAAAGUAUAGAUCAUAACUGACAGCUUUUUACAUGAUCUCUAGAGUCAAGGUUUAAAAUUUUGUGUGUGUGAUUCUUUAAUUAAUUAAUUAAUUAAUUUUUUGUGGUACCGGGUAUUGAACGCAGGUCCUUGAACCACUGAGCUAAAUCCCCGGCCCUUAUAUGCUUCUUAAUUUGAUUUCUAUAAUGGCAGAAAAGUAAAUUUUAUGUUUUAAAGAAACUGCCUGUUCUAAGAAAAAGAAAUUUGAAAGCAGCUUACGAUAUUGCUAAUGGAAAAUAAAGUUUGUAUUUAUCAAUUCAGUUUGAUAUUCCAUCAUCAUCAUGGUUCUUUCGUACCAACCACUGUUCUAAGUAUUAUUAACACACUGAAUUCAGUAGAAGGCAAUCUUAGUGUCUUUCUAGUUCUUUAAUCCUUUAUACUCAGUUCAAUACUCCUUUAGCCGCAAGUUCCCUUUGCUUUAUUUUACCUUUCUGGCAGCAGUAAUAGUUUUUAGCUUAAGCUGCUGGUUGUCACUCCCAGAGGUUAAUAAGGAAAAAAAUCAAGAGUGGAAUUGAGAAUAGAAAAGAAGAAUGUUAAAGUAAACUAUAUUUUGCCAUGAAAUAUAUGUCUUUCCAUGUCAUUCUGCUCCCCCCUUCCCACAUGGAAACAUGAAGUGGCUAGAGAGCCGGAAGUGGAUGUGGGGAGGGGAGCUCCUGGGAGAAGGUUAGCUCUCACCGUUGGUUUCGGUCAGUAUCCUGCAUGAAGGAGAAAAGCAGAGGCAAAUAUGAGUUUAUCAAACAACUUCUAAGGGGACCCAAAGUGGUAGCCCGUCCUGUCAGGGUAGCACGUGAGAGAGCUGAAAAGGUGCAGGCAGGAGCUGCCUGAUAGAUCCAGUACCUUUGGGAGAGGUGACCAUUCCACAGUGAUGGGGUGAGGCGAGAACUCGUGAGUAAUCCCUGAUCUCAUCCUGCUGCUGUUCGCUCCGCUCUUUCAGGGGCUCACAUUGGCCGAAAUUCAUUUCACACCACACAGUGAGCAGGGGAGCUGGCAGAGGCAGUCCAUAGACUCCUUCAAGACUGCCAGGUAGGAAGUGCUUCUGAAGUAGCCUAUGGGAAAAAGACAAUCUGUUACUCCGCUUGUUGACGAAUGUGACAAGUUCCAUGUGAGCUGGCAGGAAGAGCUACACGUCGACCUGGUUCACAAUCUUGUGUUCAUCUGUGACCCCAAGAAAAUAAGAGCAAGAGUCCCCACACCCAGGACAAAGUCAUCAGUUUAACAUUCAUUCUGAAGCUAGGAAGUAGCACUUCAUGCUGCAGCUUUGUCUGCAGUGUAUUUUACAGUUGUUUGGACUCAGGAAGUCUACUCCAAAGAGCCCGUGGGCAGCCGAGUCAGCGGUCCUUCCUGGAGCCCAGGCAUACACUCAGCCCACCUGAACCACAGACAGCUCUGAGCCUGGCCAGGAAAGGAAUUUGGGUCAGAUGGAGGAGGGUUCACAGCUGUCGCAGGAGAAGAAGGCCCUGUUAGGAGGGGAAAAUUAGAGAAGUAUCUAGUGGCCGAACUGAUAGAUAUAGGUGUAAGCUCACUUUUUCUUUUGAGUUGAGUCCAUCUCCAGUAAUUGAACACAGAUUAGAGGAUAAACACCCCUCGUGUUUGUCUUCAGAAUAGCUCAUUGGUACCGUGUGAGAAGGAUUACACAAUGAAAGUUUCUGGGACGCAAAGGACAGCAUCGUCUAACCACUCUGCGUCCACUAUUUCUGAAAUGUCGUAUUCUAGCUACAUAUACUACUCUAGGUUUUCUAUGUAGGCAUUUUUGAGUCUUUAGAGACUUGAGUUGCAAACUCAGUAUCCUCACCCUACCCCAAGUAGUGUGGGAAAUGCAGCUCCUUGCUCUGAGUGUGUUCAGCCCUUAGCCUGGAAGAUCAGAGGGGCCCUCUCCUUACCUGAGAUUUUCAGCCUCCUCAGCCUGGUUGCUUCUAGGUUUAUAUACUUAUAACUAUUUUCCAAUCAAAGAGAUCCAUAUUUCCUCUAAAAUGUGAUUUCAACACAUUUCUAAGUAAAAUCUUUGUUGAACUUUUUUUUGAGACAAGAUCCUUACUAAGUAGUUCAGGGUGGGCUUGAUUCAUCACUCUGUAACCCAGGCUGGCCUAAAACUUGCAGCAGUCCUCCUCAGUGCUGGGAUUAUAGGUGUAUGCCCCCACACCUGACUCAAAUUGUCUAUAUUUUUUAAAGCACCCACUAAAAUGUAAUGGGCUGGAAUGUAAAAAAUUAACAUACUUUACACUUCCAUAUGAAAUGGCUAGAAAUUUAAAAUUGAUUUCUGGUAACUGUUUUGUCCUUCGAGAGAGAAUACACACUGAGUAAGUUUGAUAUGUGGCUAAGAGGAAUACAGGAGCACAAUGGCAUUAUCAAAGGGGGUGUGUGGCCAAGUGCCAUUCACUGAACAUUUGUUUUAAACUUAAAUUUUUAUUCACAGCAACUUUUAAAAUUACAGCAAAUUUACUCAUACGCUGUGAACUCUGCCGUGCUACAGCUUGGCCACAUGAGGCAUAAAACACUUCAAGAACCUGAACAUAAACCACAUUUUCAUAGCAAAGCUGGUCAUGGUGCACAUCUGUAAUCUCAGCACUCAGGAAGCUGAGUCAGGCUAAGCAGCAUGAGUUCAAGGCUGGCUACAGAGUGAAUUCCCGGCUACCCUGAGCUGCCUGAUUGAGACCCUAUCUCAAAAAACCAGAACAAAGCAAAAGAGUCUUGACACACCUCAAAUUUUUGACACCGGUAUA